AUGCCAAUGCACCAAGAGGAAUUGACGGAUAUUUAUAUACAUCUGAAGGAUAUUUUAAAGACACUCUCACAGACACCUGUUGACCGAGAGUUUUAUGCCGAUGGGCUCAUCAAUGAUAUGAUCAAAAUAAAAGAGAUUUUAGAGGAAAACUCUAUUGAUGAACAAAGUAGCUUGAUACUCUCUAUGAUUAAUCAGAUUUCAGAAUCAAUAAGUAAGAUUCUCAAUUUAAGAUACAAUCUUAAAACACGUACUCGUAUUGAUUUUGAGGACAAAAUUAUACCCCACACACUUAGUACUCAAUCAGAGCCGAAUCACGGGAAGAGAUUACCAAAAGAAACUGUAGUAAUUCUAAAUGAGUGGUAUGCCGACAACAUCGAUAGUCCCUACCUAAGUAAGGAUGAUAUAUCGUACCUAAUGUCUAAAACUCAUCUUCGAGAAAGCCAAAUUAAGAACUGGGCUUCUAACAAAAGAAGAAAGAAGAAAGAGGACUAUAUUUCCCCUAGAGUUUUCCAAAUUUUGAGUACUAAUAGCCCGCACACCUAG